UUUAAAUAAACACAAUCGUUUCCCUGUCGCCAUUUGCCAAGAGAAGGCUUUUCAGACGAGCGGAAGUUAUGGAAGCCUCUCGCUGUCAUAUAACCCAUUUGGUCCUGUUACUGUCUUUUACGGCAUUAGCAAGGGGGCAAAGGCUGCGCGCCAAUGUUACUCUGAUUGACAACGGCUACGAAGGACUUCUCAUUGGAAUCGGGUCAGAAGUUACUGAAGAUCCUAAACUUAUUCCCAGAAUCAAAGAAUACUUCGUGGAAAUGUCACAGCUACUAUUUACUGCUACGAAAAAUCGUGCCUAUCUCCGGAAUAUCACGAUUCUCGUUCCUAAAACAUGGACGGAAAACCCCAGGUACGGACAGGCAGGAAUUGAAGCCUUUGAAAAGGCCAACGUGAUCAUAGACAAGCCCAAUGGUGUACAAGGUGACAACCCAUACGUCAAACAGAAGGGAGAAUGUGGACAGCUGGGGACGUUUAUGCACUUGACUCCUGCAUUCAUACUAGAUGAUGCCGUUGCAAGGCAAUAUGGGACGCCUCCUGCCAAGACAGUCCUCCAUGAGUGGGGACAUUUGCGCUGGGGUUUGUUUGACGAGUACCCGGUGGACGAAAAUGAUCCUCACUUCUACCACGAUUCUAUUUCUGAGAGAAUAGAAGGCGUACGCUGUUCCCGGGGAGUGACGGGCAAGGACUAUAAGAGAGUUAACGACGGUUUCGUGUGGAAUUGCAACCCGGAUAAUGAAACCAACCUCCCAGAAAGUGGUUGCAGGUUUGCCCCUGAUGUAUACAACAACGUGGGAACCACCUCUAUCAUGUCACACCAUUAUGUGACAUCUGUUAUCGGGUUCUGUGACAACGAUGAGACAGAUUCACUUGACCAACAUAACGACCAGGCCCCUAACAGGCAGAACAGACUCUGUGGCGGCAGGAGUGCCUGGGAAGUCAUGAGGGAACACGAAGAUUUUAGGAACAAUCAUAAUCCACCUGUAUCCACUAAUACAGACAUAGAUACAACUCCCACUUUCAAAGUGGUUCAACAGCAGCCAAAGAGAUAUGUACUGGUUCUCGACGUUUCCGGAAGUAUGGCGGAUGACAACAAAUUGGUGAACCUGAAGAAGGCGUGUGCAGAGUUCCUACUCAACACUGUUGCCGAAGAUAGCCAAGUUGGCAUAGUUAAAUUUAGUUACGAAUAUACCACUACCAUAAUGAAGCAUCUAACGACUAUGAGUUCUAGAUCAGUGAGAGAAAACAUGGUUUCCAUUGUUAAUGGACUAACUGCCGGGGGAGGGACAUGCAUUGGUUGUGGUCUUCGAGAAGGCAUAAAUGUGUUAGAAUACAACCACAUGCUAGCGGCUGGUGGCAUUUUGGUCGUUGUUAGUGAUGGAGAGGAAAAUCAGGAUCCACGAAUUGCCGAUGUUAAACCAGACCUGAUAUUGAAGGGGGUCUUGGUAGAUACCUUACUUUUUACGGCAUCAGCUGAUGCACGACUGAUAUCGUUAGCUAAAGACACUGGAGGCCUGUCAUUCUUUGAAACAGGAAAUACUCUAUCUACUUCUUUAUCGGACUCCUUGUCUAAGACUAUUACACAGAGAAACAGCGGCCAGAAAGAUGUUCUAGUUCAGAUACUGUCAGAAUCGUUUACAGUCCCCGGUGGAGGUAGCUCUUUUGAAGGUUCCAUAUAUAUUGACAGUACUAUUGGAAACAACACGCGGUUUUUAUUCACAUGGAGCACUGGUUCGAUCACUGUGACAUUGAGAGCACCUGACAAUGUGACCUUAACGCAGGGCAGUGGGUCCGGAGUACUGAGUAUUGAUAUAAACGGCACUACACAGGUGGGAAGAUGGCUCUAUACUGUAACAAAUCCGGGUUUCGGAAACACACUCAUGGUCCAGGUCUCUUCACGUCCCUCUUCAGACACUGCACCCAUUGUACUGAGUGCCAGUGUGAGCAGUGAUACCGUAGAUAUGGCAGAUCCCAGUUUGCCCCGCAUUGCCAUAUACGGAGAGGUUAGUCAAGGCUACACUCCGGUAGUUGGCGCCACUGUGGUGGCUUAUGUUGACGCAAGUACUGGGAAUACCCACACAUUACAACUGCUUGACAACGGGGCAGGCGCAGAUAAUACCAAGAACGACGGCAUCUACUCGGCAUAUUUCCUGAAAUUUGAAGGCGACGGGGCGCAUUCUGUGCGAGUUGUAGUGAAAGGCGAAGAAGGUGUUUCAGUUAAGUCUGUGGUUGGUGGACAAAGAUUGCCAAUCAUUACCAACACAACUGCAGCAAAUGCCAGGAAGCUGGAGGUUGUGUACACUCCAAUAGAACCAUUCGAGCGUUCCGACAGCGGAGGUUUAUUCACCGUAAAGAAUCUCCCAAGUUCUGGUUCAGAACCACCUGACCUGUACCCUCCUGGCAGAAUCUACGACCUGGUGCUGGCAGCAGUUAACACUGAGAAUAAAACUGUUACAUUGUCUUGGACAGCAACUGGUGAUGAUCUGGACCAAGGAAAAGCAUCGAGUUACAUGAUUCGCUACAGCACCUCAAUCUCACAACUCCGACUCAACUUCAGUAACACCUAUAAACUCCUUGACAAGGAUAUUAUCCAGGGAAAACUUGAUUCACCCUUGCCAGCAGGUGCAACAGAAACUUUUCGCGUCCAAUUCAACCAAAGAGUUAAUUCCAACAUCACGUAUUUCAUUGCGCUUUUGGCAUCAGAUGACAAAAAUAAGAUAGGACAAGUUUCGAAUAUCGUCUCGGUAUUUUUUGUCUACAGUUAUCCGUUACCCUCAGUAGAGCCAGUAACAAGUACGACCCAAGAAACAACCUCGUCAUCAUCAUCAGGACUCUCUCCCGUUCAACAAAUCGCCAUUGGUAGUGCUUCUGCGGCGGUGGCUCUGCUGAUUAUUGUGGUGAUUGCAGCGGCUUUCAUAGUCUGCCCUGACUUAAAGAAACCUAAAGGUGGACACUUCCCUAAUCCUCGUGAUGAUGGAGUUCAAGAUCGCCACAACAUCCACGGCUCUCAUCCGGUUAAUCCUUACGAAUUCCGAAAUUACUGGCAUCACCCACACGAGGACAAAAUAUCACAUCCCCAUGUUCAUCAAGCGAAGCAAGACAAAGUUAAGUCAGACUUCGGCUCUGCUCUUGCCUCUUACCCUCCGCCAAAUAGAUCAGGAUACCCCUUCCCGGCUGCCCCAAAGAGAAUUGUGUCGAAUGACAAUACGUCAGGUCAAUUUAAGGCGGAUGUUAAGCCAAAUGAAGUGCCUCGCCAGCAUGGAUAUUACAACUUCAGAAACGACACAAACCGGCUGAACCAAAACGUAUCAACAGUGGCCAAAGGGAAUACAUACAUCAACCUUGCAGUGGAUCAAACAGGCCCUCCUAAUUCCCUAUUAACGAAUGCUACAGAACAUGGUACGCCUGGCGUAAGACGUUCUGGGGAAUAUAACAGAUAUGCCCCAGAGGAACAGGCACCAGAAUCGAAGCCUUAUUGGAACAGGAACCUCCAAUACCCAGAACGGAGAAGGGACACACUGCACCUCGGUGCAGCUACGGCGAUGAUACCAGGAUACGAAGAAAAUAUUUAUGCUACCAAUAAUCUAAGGCCUACGAAACCGCAACCUACCCCUCACAACGACUCUUCCUUCGUUAACAAAGUGGAACCGCAGCACAGUGCUUUCAGUAGCCAGAAUUACCAACCGACUGGAUACACGCAAUAUGGAAACAGGGGCUCACAAGACUGGAGGGGUUUUAGAGAACCGCAGGCUUCUACUAAUACUGGAAAUAACGCUCCACCAAUCGUUGACCGGACAACAAAACCACCGCAAGUUCCGCAAGUGGCCCUUAAGAUGCCCCUAUCCAUAUAUGGAAGAGAAUGA